AUGGCUGCUCAAGGAUAUGACAUCCCAUCACCCACACAGGCCGUGCUGACGGUGGAGCCGGACACAGACUCAGACGACGAUCUGGUCGCGAUCCCGAAAUCGGAAAUCGACCAGUCCAGUCAGCCCUUAAACUCGGCAUCAAACUCGACCCAGAAGGGGAAGAGCAAAGCUUACCCCCCGGCCGGCCCACCCAAGCCGGCGGUGUCCGGCCAGAUCGGCAGUGCUUCAUCUGCUGCGACCACAAACAACCGCCAAUCGACCCGGAAAAACUUCGGUGGGAUUAUGACCGAGUCCAGAUAUGGCUCAGGUAUCAACACGCUCGAUGAGCCGAUCAGUGAAACUAUCAUGAGAGAUCUCACAGCAAUUGGCUCAAAGAUGGUCUUGAUUCUCUAUCCUGCUGGCUCAUCCAGUUCAAAAGCCUUACUUCGAGACUGGGAUCUAUGGGGGCCACUGGUAGCUUGUUUAGGACUUGCUGUAGUCCUCUCACUAAAUGCUCCACCCCAGCAAUCUCUCUCAGUUUUUACUGGAGUCUUCGUCAUCGUCUGGGUAGGAUCUGUUAUUGUAACACUAAACGCACGCUUAUUGGGCGGUAGAGUUUCUUUAUUUCAGUCCUUGUGUGUCUUGGGCUACUGUCUCUUCCCAUUAUUUGUUGCUGCCCUGAUCGCCCUAUUCAUCCGUUGGUUACCGAUCCGGGUGGUAUUGAGCGUGUGUGGAUGGGCUUGGAGUGUCUGGGCUGCCAUGAAUUUCUUCGGUGGUACCAGAUUAGAAGACGGUAGAGCAUUCCUGGCAGUCUAUCCUCUCGGCCUAUUUUAUGCUGCCCUCGCGUGGAUCACAAUGUUGUCAUAG